CGUUACCUUUUUAAACUCACUUCACGCCAGAACGUAGAACACUGGUUUCCAGGGAAACUGGCUAUCAGAACCUUUUCAAUACAACACACUAACACUCACAGCAGAUAACAAGGAGAGCUGCCUGCCUCCUGCCUGCCUCCUGCCUGCCUGCCUCUCGCCUGUCUGCCUGCCUGCCUGCCUCUCGCCUGUCUGCCUGCCUGCCUGUCUGCCUGCCAAACACAGAAACAGAUCCUUCUGGAACCACAAACUCUAGCUCACUGCAAUCAGAAUCUAUGAACAACACGCAGGAGGGGUGAGGGAGAGCUGCGUAGCUCGAUUCACAGAGAUGAGAUGUGGCUGUUAUAGGAGACCUGCACUGUGGACCAUGGGAAGAGUCCUCUCUCCGUUGGACUGCUGAGGAACCUCUGACAUCACACCUGUUUGCACAGGAACCUCUGACAUCACCACUGCCCCUGAGGAGCCUCGUAUGGAUACCGGUCACCAGUCUGUUAAUCAAGACCGUCAGCCAAAACCUCACGGGCACACUAUGAUUGGUGUGGGGGUGGAUGGGGAGUCGUUGGAGCACGGAGACACAACUAUCAUACCUAUCGCAGCUAUUAGAGGAGUGGACUCAGGUGAUGUUGCUGUUCAGCUGGACUCACACCCUGGGGUGGAAAGUACUCAGAUUACAGGGCGCGCUGAGUAUGAAACGCCCACUGUUCUAAUACUCCCCUCAGUACCGGACCAUGCAACAGAGGAGGACUCCUACUUACCCCAGAAAUAUCUGAAUAACCACCGCCCACAGUGUGAGGCUUCACACAGAAAAAACUCCCUGGAGAAGAAGGAGGAGGAGGAGGAGAGAGAGACAUUUGAGAAGAUAGGGGAAAAGGAUGUCAGAAAGAAAGAUGGAGAGAGAGAGAAAGAGAAGGAGUUAGGUAAAGAGAAAGGGAAAGAUGAAGAGAUAGAUAAAGAGAAGGAGACAGAGACAGAGAAGGAGAGAGAGACAGAAAAGGAGAGAGAGACAGAGACAGAAAAGGAGAGAGAGACAGAGACAGAGAAGGAGAGAGAGACAGAGAAGGAGAGAGAGACAGAGAAUGAGAGAGAGACAGAGAAGGAGAGAGAGACAGAGAGAGAGAAGGAGAGAGAGACAGAGAGAGAGAAGGAGAGAGACACAGAGAGAGAGAAGGAGAGAGAGACAGAGAGAGAGGAGAGAGAGAAGGAGAGAGAGACAGAGAGAGAGAAGGAGAGAGAGAAGGAGAGAGAGAAGGAGAGAAAGACAGAGAGAGAGAAGGAGAGAGAAACAGAGAGAGAGAAGGAGAGAGAGACAGAGAGAGAGACAGAGAGACAGCACAUGCAGACCCAGGUUAGUCUGGAGGUGGUUCAGUAUCACUCUGUCGCCACCAGCCCCAUGACCCCACCCCAGGGGGCCGGCGCCGACGCCUUCCCCUUCCCAGCAGCCUCUAGGAGUCUGGAGGUGGUUCAGCACCAGUCUGUAGCCACCAGCCCCAUGACCCCACCCCAGGGGGCCGGCGCCGACGCCUUCCCCUUCCCAGCAGCCUCUAGGAGUCUGCAGGUGGUUCAGCACCAGUCUGUAGCCACCAGCCCCAUGACCCCACCCCAGGGGGCCGGCGCUCCGGCCUUCCUCUUCCCAGCAGCCUCUAGGAGUCUAGAGGUGGUUCAGCACCAUUCUGUCGCCACCAGCCCCAUGACCCCACCCCAGGCGGCCGGCACUCCGGCCUUCCUCUUCCCAGCAGCCUCUAGGAGUCUGGAGGUGGUUCAGCACCAGUCUGUAGCCACCAGCCCCAUGACCCCACCCCAGGGGGCCGGCGCCGACGCCUUCCCCUUCCCAGCAGCCUCUAGGAGUCUGGAGGUGGUUCAGCACCAGUCUGUAGCCACCAGCCCCAUGACCCCACCCCAGGGGGCCGGCGCCGACGCCUUCCCCUUCCCAGCAGCCCGUAGGCCGGGGGCGGAGACUAAGGACGCAGAGCUGAAGGUGGUGCGCCAGGUGGAGUUCCGUUCUGUCGCCACGGCACCCAUGACUCCAAAAAUAAACAACAGCCCCACUAUCCCCUCUGCCUUCCCAGAGCUCAACAGGAGAGAAGCGGAGGAGAGGACGGAGGAGCGGAGAGAGGAGAGGACGGAGGAGAGGACGGAGGAGCGGAGAGAGGAGAGGACGGAGGAGAGGACGGAGGAGCGGAGAGAGGAGAGGACGGAGGAGAGGACGGAGGAGCGGAGAGAGAAAGAGGGGAGGGACGAGAGGGAAACUACAACUAAAUGUGAGUCAGACCCUGUUGUAGUUACUCCUCGUCUGAUGUCAGCCCCGGUACUGAAAUGUAGCGCUCUGAAAGAGGACGUGGCUGAAGAGACAAAGUCACAGUCCAACAUCCCUCCAGAUAGCUCUGUUGACUCAGAUCCUCAGACUGACGGACUCGGUCACAACUACGCCGGUGAACCAGAACCAGCGGAGGUUAAAAGGAGAGCGCGAGAUGGGGCGACUGGGGACGCUGUCGAUCAAGAGAUUACCAUUCUGGUUACCCAGCAUGACAGUAUCAGAGUUGUGGAUCAAGAGGAGGAGGAGGAGGAGGGAGAGGAGGAGGAAGAAGAGGAGGAGGAGAGAAGGGAGGAGAUGAUGUUAUUUAUUCACUCCACUGAGCCUGAGGGGUCUGUGGAGGUAGACAACAGUGAGGGGGUGAAGAUCGUUCCUCCGGUGCCACAAAACAGCCUGGACGAUGGGAGGAGUGAUAACGUAGCUCAACCAGAAAGCACAGAGACUGUCAUGAACCCCCACUCACACGGAAACAGACAGGAAGAUUCUCUCCCUCCUUCCGGUGAAGAAAUACAAACAGAAACUAAGCAGAUGACGUCACCACAAUCUCUGACUAAAAACAAGCACCCUGAACAAAUAGGAGAGGAAUCGAAGCUCCGCUUUAGUGAGGAGCAAACCAAACAAACAGAACAGCACAGCCUAGUGGACGGGAGUGGAACUCACGAAACCAACCAGACAGAACAGCACAGCCUAGUGGACGGGAGUGGAACUCCUCAACCCAACCAGACAGAACAGCACAGCCUAGUGGACGGGAGUGGAACUGCCCAACCCAACCAGACAGAACAGCGCCACUCUGUAGCCUCCAGCACCAUUACCCCACCCCAAGAGGUCGGCGCCAACGCCUUCCUCUUCCCAGCAUCCUCUAGGUGUCUGGAGGUGGUCCAGUAUCACUCUGUAGCCACCAGCCCCAUGACCCCACCCCAGGGGGCCGGCGUCGACGCCUUCCUCUUCCCAGCAUCCUCUAGGAGGACGGGUGCGGAGACCAAGGACGCUGAGCUGCAGGUGGGCCAGCAGGUGGAGUUCCGUUCUGUCUCCACGGCACCCAUGACUCCAAAAACGGCCCCCGUUACCCCCACAGCCUUCGCAGAGCUCAGCGAGAGAGAGGGGGAGGAGAAGAAAGAGGAGAGAGAGGGGGAGGAGAAGAAAGAGAAACGAGAGAGGGAGGAGAGUACAAAAGAGAAGAAGGAGGACAGAAGGGAAGAUAAAUCUGAAGUGAAAGUGAAAGAGGGUGAGGAGCAGACAAAGCAAGAGGAGAGGUCAGACGAGCCGGUGCAGGAGGUGAGGUGGGACGAGAGGGGGAUGACGUGGGAGGUGUAUGGAGCGGUGGUAGAGGUAGCCGUCCUGGGCUCAGCCAUACAGAAACACCUGGAGAAGCAGGUUGAGAAGCUCAGGAAGCAUCCCUCCGCUUCACUGCCUCCUCCCCUAAACCCAGCCGCCAUGCCCCUGCCUUGCACCCCUCCUUCCCUCAACCCAGCCGCCAUGCCCCUGCCUUGCACCCCUCCUCCCCUCAACCCAGCCGCCAUGCCCCUGCCUUGCACCCCUCCUCCCCUAAACCCAGCCGCCAUGCCCCUGCCCUCCAUCCCUCCUCCCCUCAACUCAGCCGCCAUGCCCCUGCCUUGCACCCCUCCUCCCCUCAACCCAGCCGCCAUGCCCCUGCCCUCCACCGCUCCUCCCCUCAACCCAGCCGCCAUGCCCCUGCCCUCCACCCUUCCUCCAGCCUCUGGGACCACCCAGGGGUUGCCAGGUAAGGGCUUGGCCUGGAAGAGAGGGGAGCAGGAGGGGAAGAGAGGCAGGCGCCGGAGGAACCCUUUCCGUUUGCUGUUGAAGAACAUACAGCAGCCCAACUGUUGCUCCCGAGCUCAUCCCACUGAGUGACACUGCAGGAACAUCAUCCAUACCCACCUUUCCUCACAAGUCAGUUAACCCCUGCACAAGACAGUUAACCCCUGCACAAGACAGUUAACCCCUCCACAAGACAGUUAACCCCUGCACAAGACAGUUAACCCCUGCACAAGACAGUUAACCCCUGCACAAGACAGUUAACCCCUGCACAAGACAGUUAACCCCUGCACAAGACAGUUAACCCCUGCACAAGACAGUUGACCCCUCCACAAGACAGUUAACCCCUGCACAAGACAGUUAACCCCUGCACAAGACAGUUAACCCCUGCACAAGACAGUUAACUCCUCCACAAGACAGUUAACCCCUGCACAAGACAGUUAACCCCUGCACAAGACAGUUAACCCCUGCACAAGACAGUUAACCCCUCCACAAGACAAUUAACCCCUGCACAAGACAGUUAACCCCUCCACAAGACAGUUAACCCCUGCACAAGACAGUUAACCCCUCCACAAGACAGUUAACCCCUGCACAAGACAGUUAACCCCUCCACAAGACAGUUAACCCCUGCACAAGACAGUUAACCCCUGCACAAGUCAGUUAACCCCUACACAAGACAGUUAACCUCCAACAAGGCAUUUAAACCCCCACAUGGCAGUAAACCCCCCACAAGACAGUUAACCCCCACUAGAACGUUAACCCCCCCACAAGACAGUUAACCCCUCCUCCACAAGACAGCUAACCCCCCUUUCACAAGACAAUUAACCCCCAACAAGGCAGUUAACCCCCACAAGGCCGUUAAACCCCCCAAGGCCGUUAAACCCCCCACUAGGCAGUUAACCCCCAACAAGGCAGUUAACCCCCAACAAGGCAGUUAACCCCAACAAGGCAGUUACCCCCCCCCCCUACACAAGGUAGUUAACCCCCACAAGGCAGUUAACCCCCAACAAGGUAGUUAACCUCCAACAAGGCAGUUACCCCCCAACAAGGCAGUUAACCCCCACAAGGCAUUUAACCCCACCCCCCACAAGACUAUUAACCCCCCACAAGGCAGUUAACCCCCCCACAACAGCUCCCCGGGAACCCAAUGUGGCAGCCCCCCCCCCCCCCCCCUCACCUCUCAGAUUAAGAGGGGUGGGGUUAAAAGUGGAAGUCAGGUUUUGGUUGGACCUUGUGUGCAAUUGACGAUGAAAAUAAAUGUAAUCCUUUUUAAAUGGUCACCAUACCCCUUCCUUGACUUACUACAUGUUCUACAGUACAUACCCUUUCCCUUUCUCCCUCGGCCACUGGACAGCAGUAUACUGUUCGAAAUAUCUUCACACCACCUCUGGACUGCAACUUUACUGCAUUAUCACAGCCAAAAUAAUUCCGUCAUACCUAUACUAUUUUUGCAGCCAUACAGGCUAACUUUAUCAGCCUGUUUGACUUCAGUCUAACCCUACAUCCCAGCUAACACAUAACGUUCUGAGAACCAUAUGUUUCUUAGAGCUUGGUGAGAACGUGGUUGUCCUAUGGUUAUUUUGCAUACAACCUUCCCACAACGUUCUGGGAAUGUUGCAGGAUAGUUGCUUGGUUUUGGAACAUUCUCAGCACAUUUAAAAGAACUUGACCAAAAAAAAAAUGAUAUUCUUGGUAUUUCAUUAGUUUAACAGAACGUUUCCUAAAAGUUCAAACAUGGUUACAUUUCAUUUCAAUUUUGGUAAUGUUCUAGGAACGUUCACCAACUGGUUUGACAUUGGCAAUAGUUCAGAGAACGUUAAGAAAGAACGUUCUUCUGUGGGAAUAUCAGUACUUCAGCAUAACGUUUCCUACAGGUUUUCUUCGUGGUUUUAUUUAAAAUCGCGUUCUCCAAUUGUUCAGAGAACAUUAAGAAAACGUUCCAUUAAAAAAACACAAGAAAAUAUUAGUAACAUUCAGAGGACGUUCAAAGAAUGUUACGUAAAAAAACACACCUUCCAAACUCAGAACGUUAAAGGGAAACCUCAAAAAUGUUCUAAUUCAUAUUCCUCAUCUCCAGCACCACCCCAACAUAUGUGAAAAUGGUGGGUUUCUAUGUUUUGUAGUAAAACAGAUAGAGGACGAUACGUGUUUCCAGCGACGUCAUCGGUAUGAACUGUGUGAUUUUGACCAAUUAUGAGUAGGCAUUGUUAACUAAUUGCCUACUAAUUGCCUACUAAUUGCCUACUAAUUGCCCACUAAUUGCCUACUAAUUGCCUACUAAUUGCCUACUCAUUGUCUACUCAUUGUCUACUAAUUGGUUGAUGGUCUACUAAUUGGUUGAAAAAUAAACGUUCCCAGAACAGGUGAAAUAUUCACUUCUGUUCUCAGAACCUCCCUGCAACCUAUAAAUAAACGUUCCCAGAACAGGUGAAAUUUUCACUUCUGUUCUCAGAACAUUAAAAAGACUAUCAGUUUUACCGCAUAGGAAACGUUAUGGCUUUGUUCCUACAACCAAUGUGAAACCAAAAACAUACAUUUCCACAACUUCCAAGGAACCAAAUGUGCUAGCUGGGAUUCUUUUAUGACUACCACAUGACCAAAGUACUUCAGUCAUACCGGUACUGCGUUAGCAGCAGCCAUACAGGCUAACUUUACCAGUCUGUUUGACUAUUGGACUUCAGUCUAACUACAUUAUCUUGACUACCACAUGACUACUGCAGGCUAAUUCUCUCAGUCAAUGGACAACAGGAUACCUACAUUACCACGGCGACAUAAGGCCUGUAGGUUAUCUAAAUUAUCUCUAAUCCUAAGGACUUUGAACCAACUUCAUUGUUAGGGCUGUAAUGCAAGCUAACAUCAUUAUCACAACAUCAUUAUCACAGCCACAGGACUGACAACAUUAUUUUAGUCAUCUCUUAGUUCAACCCUCAUAUUACAGUUACUAUAAGCCAAACAACAUUUUUGUAACGCAUUUUUUUGUUAUCCAAUACAUCGCACGCCCCCCCCCCCCCC